AUGGCAAGUCAGGUGGCGAGUCCAUCAGCCUCCUUACACACUACAUCAUCGUCGACCACUCUAUCUACUCCAGCACUUUCUCCGUCUUCCCCGGUACAAUUGAGUCCAGAUGACGUUGAAUUACUGGCCAAAUUAGAGGAACAAAACCGGCUGCUAGAGAUUGACAGUAAAUCACUGCGAUCUGUGAAUGGAUCGAGAAGAAAUAGCGGGUCUUCCCUGGUUUCCAGCUCCUCGGCAUCCAGUAAUCUCAGUCACCAUCAGGAGGAGGAUUCCUGGCUGCUAUGGGGACGUAUUGUCAAUGAGUGGGAGGAGGCGUACAAGAAGAAAGAGAAACAGAUAAAGGAACUGGUCAGAAAAGGAAUACCACAUCAUUUUCGUGCCAUUGUAUGGCAGUUAUUAUGCAAUGCUCAAAAUAUGCCAAUCAAAGAGCAGUAUUCCGAGCUCUUGAAAAUGACCUCACCGUGUGAAAAGCUCAUCCGAAGGGACAUUGCAAGGACGUAUCCAGAGCAUGAUUUCUUCAAAGAGAAAGACAGCCUGGGGCAAGAAGUUCUGUUCAAUGUUAUGAAGGCAUAUUCCUUAGUGGAUCGUGAGGUGGGAUACUGCCAAGGAAGCGCUUUUAUUGUGGGACUUCUACUUAUGCAGAUGCCUGAGGAAGAAGCUUUUUGUGUGUUUGUAAAAUUAAUGCAAGACUAUCGACUACGGGAGCUCUUUAAACCCAGCAUGGCUGAAUUAGGCCUCUGUAUGUAUCAGUUUGAAUGCAUGAUUCAGGAGCAGCUUCCGGAGCUUUAUGUGCACUUUCAAGCCCAGAGUUUUCAUACCUCUAUGUAUGCAUCAUCCUGGUUCCUGACUAUUUUUCUAACAAGUUUCCCUCUACCGGUUGCCACAAGAAUUUUCGAUAUUUUUAUGUCUGAGGGUUUAGAAAUAGUUUUUCGAGCAGGCCUCGCUGUUCUCCAGAUGAAUCAGGCAGAAUUAAUGCAGCUAGAUAUGGAAGGCAUGUUACAGCACUUUCAAAAAGUCAUUCCACAUCAGUUUGAUGGGGGUCCAGAAAAGUUAAUCCAAGUGGCUUACCAAGUCAAAUACAAUGCAAAAAAGAUGAAAAAGUUAGAAAAGGAAUACACUACAAUAAAGACAAAAGAAAUGGAGGAACAAGUUGAGAUCAAGAGGUUACGAACAGAAAACAGGCUUUUGAAGCAACGUAUUGAAACCUUGAGAAGGAAAGUGCAUCCUUGGCAGAUAGAUUGAUUCAGGGACAAGUGACAAGGGCCCAGGAGGCAGAGGAAAACUACCUCAUAAAACGGGAGCUGGCCACCAUGAAACAGCAGAAUGAUGAGUCCAGCAGUAAGCUGGAGCAGGCUCACCAUACCAUCAGCGAUCUGCUGCAACAACAGCAAUUGCAUAAAUGUAGUCCCCGCUAUUCUGAAGAGUUUGUAUUACAACUGGAGAAAGAACUGGUUCAAGCAAGACUCAAAGAAGCCGAAUCUCACUGUGCUAUGAAAGAAAUGCAAGACAAAAUUUUGGAGAUCGAGAAGAAAAACAGCUCGUUACCUGAUGAGAACAACAUUGCAAGGCUUCAAGAGGAGCUCAUUGUGGUGAAGUUAAGAGAGGCAGAAGCUGUCACGGCUUUGAAAGAGCAGAAGCAGCAGAUAAGGGAUCUGGAAGAUCACUGGCAGAGACAUUUAGCCCGCACUGCAGGUCGAUGGAAAGAUCCUCCCAAAAAGAACACUAUAAAUGAGCUGCAGGAUGAAUUGAUGAGCGCACGCCUAAGAGAAGCGGAAAGACAAGCAGAUGUACGAGAAAUGAAGCAACGAAUGAUGGAGUUGGACACACAGAACCAGAUAAACAGCAACCAUCUGAGAAGAGCAGAGCAAGAGGUCAAAAGCUUACAAGCUAAGGUGCAAUACCUGUCGGCACAAAACAAGACUCUGCAAGCUCAGCUGACUGAAGCAAAGCGCAAGCAAGCAGAGAUUGAGUGCAAGAACAAAGAAGAAGUUAUGGCAGUAAGACUUCGAGAAGCAGAUACUAUUGCAGCUGUGGCUGAACUCCAGCAACAUAUAGCAGAGCUAGAGAUUCAG